AUGGCAAAGGCAUACAUGCAGGAAGAAUUUGAUGAGCUUAUGGGGAAGGUUGAGAAGGCAGAUUUUUGGGUGCCAGAGUAUUUGGAAUUAGCUGGAAGAGAAAAGUGGGCUAGAGUGUAUGCAACUGUUAACCGAGGAUGGACAAUGACUUCGAACAUAGCAGAGUGUAUUAAUCGUCACCUUGUAGCGGCAAGAGAGCUGCCUAUAUUUGAUUUUCUAGAAGAAGUGAGGAAGAUGUUUGGAAGAUGGAAUUAUAAUAACCGGAGAAACGCCGAACCAUCAACCGAAUACUUGUACACAGUCCAUGCUGCAGGAAGGCGUUUCAUAGUUAACUUGGACAACAAAACUUGCAGUUGUCGGAUGAUUCAAAUAGACGAAAUUCCAUGCCCACAUGCAUGGGCUGUCAUUAAGAAGAAAAAUCUAACGGCUGAUGAUUACUGUUCAGAAUUGUUCAAACCGCACACCGUGGUGAAGACAUAUGAUGUAGUCGUGGAUCCUCUCCCUUACGAGCGUGAAUGGAAGAUUCCCACAUACAUAUCAGAGGAUGUGGUUUUGCCACCAAGAUACAAGAGACCUCCUGGUAGGCCGAAGAAGAAGCGUGAUAAGCCGUUAGUUGAAUUGCUUCUUGGGAAAAAAAGACAUGCUUGCAGUAAAUGUGGACAGACUGGACACAAUAGACGUUCUUGUAGUAAUGCUCCUAGAAGGAAGUAA